AUAUUGUUGGAUACCAUCAAAGCCCGUUCACACACAUUCCGACUGUACGCACAUACUACAACAAGUUUCUUCGUACGAAAUUAUAUUUAGAGGAUAUAAAAACAUAUAUUUUAUUCUACUGUUUUAACUGUUUUUUUCGUUUGAUUUGGCUUUUGGAAUAUUCGAUUAUCAAGGCGUAAACAUUUCAUAGAUUAUUGUGUUUUUGUUUAUGUGUUAAUUAACUCAAGUAAUUGGCAGAUCCUAGGGUAAGGACGAAUUUCUAUAUUGUUUUAUAAUGUUUACUACAGAUAAAUGGAUGUAGUUAGCUUUAAUAUUUAGAAAGAGAGAUAUAAAAUAGGCUGACAUUCUCCUAUAUUUCUCUUUGAUAUUAUAGUCCUUAUGUAUUAUUUUCUUCGUCUUCCUUUUACAAUGUCUUAGUAAGUGAGUAAUGGAAAGGUAAAGUACAACAAUAUAAGAAACAUGAUCUUAACGAAGGACUUUGGAACAUUAUGGAUAGCUCAGGCGAAAAUUGUAGCUGAUUUUUAUGUCAAUUUAAUUCAAUGGCAAGGAAAUUCUAGGGAACAUGACGGAGAUGUGUGCGAUGGUGGAGCUUUUAUUACUGGUAGUAAGAAAAAGUGUGAUCCCAUCUUUCAAGUUUGCUUCUCCAAAUUAUCUGAAAAUAAGAAAACAUGCUCUCUAGGGCGCAAAACAACGUCCGAACAGAAUAAUCGCUAUAAAGUUACAAGAUUCAGUGGUCUUCAGCCUUAUAAGAUACAAGUUAGAGAUAAAUAUCAGGGUGGAGUAGUUGUAGACAUAGAUGUUCACGAUCACGAUAGCUACAAUAAUGAUGAUUUGGUUGAUAGAUUUCACUUCGAUUUAAAGACUGCUGCAAAUGGAGAAAAGAGAAAAUCAUCAUUCCGGGGGAAGUAUUAUUAUAAUACAAGAAACACUAUCGAAUUAGAAUUUUGGGUAAAGUGUCGAACAAACUAUUAUCAUACUGACUGCUCUGUCUUUUGUAAAAGAGAACGAAACAGCAAUUUUGACUGUGAUUCGAAAACGGGUAAGAAAUUGUGUCAUGCUGGCUGGAUAGGUGAAAAUUGUGAACAAGAUAUAAAAGAAUGUGACUCGAAUCCAUGUUUAAAUGGAGGAACUUGUUAUGAACCACAAAAGGCAAUGUUUGAAUGCGCUUGUACCGACCAAUUUGUUGGUAAAACUUGCGAAAGUCAUGUAUGUGAUUUGCAAAAUCCUUGCUUAAACAAUGGUACUUGCGUUGAAAACUUGAAAUGUUCCUGUCCGCGUGUCUACACCGGUGAUAAGUGUCAAACUCAUGUUUGUGAUGCUAAAUCCUGCUUGAAUGGUGCUGUUUGUAAUCGGACAAAUGGUAUGUGUAUUUGUAGUAAGGCAUAUUUUGGUGAACUAUGCGAAAAGGAUGCCUGUAAGGAUAAAAAUGAAUUGGGUCAUCCAUACGUUCCCUGCGUACAUGGAGUAUGUAAAGAAGGGAGCUGUAUUUGUAUUUUUGGAUUUGGUGGUACUUAUUGUAACAUACCGAUUUCAACAUCACCAAAUAGUGCAAACUCUUUUGCUCCAAAUCAAAAAGAAAAACUUUACAAAAAUGAAUCAUCUGUUAUUUCUAAGCACUGCCUGAUAGUUUACAGACGUCGACAAGCAAGAAAGUUACCACAAGAACAAGUUCAAAAUCAGGCUAAUUUAAAUCGAGAACACUUUGAUGUAGAUGUGAUUAACGCUUGUAAUCCAGUUUUUGAUGCGGAUGGAGCAUGUUCGGCUGGUCCUAAUGGUAUAGGAGGGGGAGGAGCUUGCAGCACAAAUUUUUAUUCAGAUGCGCCCAAAGCUUUAGAAGCUAUGGGUGAAAAUCCUUACGCGGAAGUCGCAGAAUGCAAAUUGAGAAGCCUUCAAUCUCAAAUUGACGAUCCAAAUGUCUAUGCAGUUUUACCAAGCUCUAGCCUCCCACCUCCUCUACCCAGCAGGCAAUUUAGCACCACUCCCCUUUCGCCUAACGUUGAAGCUUAUCAAUCGCCAAACGUGCUUAGGUUACCAACAUACGACGAUGAUGGUCCUCCCCCACCGUACUCUCUCGAAAAGCCAACUACAGAUGCUUGA